AUGAUUGACGGUGUGGAGUUCAUUCAAACUCCGCCAGUGAAGGCGCCUCCAGCACCUAGUGCGGAGUGUGGUGUAAAGACAACAGCACUGCCUGCUAUCAAAAAUGCUCCACUUCCAGCCGAUGGACCUGGUGCUCGUAGUUUUAGCAAUUUGGCCAUGGCAGGAUUUGUGGUGUUGAUUCCAUACUUUGUGACCCGCAAGCUUGGCGGUGGGUUCAAGACGUGGUUGUUUUUUACGUUAUUAUUUGCACUUCCCAUCAUGAUGGCUUACUGGACUUUAUUGUCUUCAUAUUCUCCUCGGAUCAACCAAAAGGUUAAGCUUCCCAACAAGCCAAUUAGCCACUACUUGGAAUUCCACACCCCGGAACUCAAGGCUAAGUACGAAACGAGCAACAAUGGCAAGGGAACCAAGAUUCCCAUGGAAACUUUUCAACAACUUUACUUUGACGGAAAGGUGAGUUUCAGAGGUGAUUGUUUGGAUGUGAUGGAAUACCGCCAUGAUUGGGCCAGUUUCCGGUUCACCCUUGGACUUUUCAGGUUUUUCUUGUUGGGAAUGAUUCCUGAGGUGAUUUUCCACUCGCAGAGUCAGGAUGAAGAACAGGUCCGUGACCAUUAUGACCGUGGUGACGACUUCUACACCUGGUUUUUGGGCCCCAGAAUGAUAUACACUUCGGGUGUCAUCGGCGACAUCACCAAGGAGGAAACUCUCGAGGAAUUGCAAGACAACAAGUUGAGAAUUGUUGCUGAUAAAAUCCAGUUGAAGGAAGGUGAAGAAGUGUUGGAUUUGGGAUGUGGUUGGGGUACCUGGGCCACAUUUGCUUCGUCGCAAUACGGAGCUGGAGUGACUGGUGUUACGUUAGGAAAAAACCAAACCAAAUGGGGUACUUCGUUGUUGGAAAAGUAUGGUAUUACUUCCAAGCAAUCGAGAAUUGCCUGUGUUGACUACAGAGACUCGCCAAAGAGUCAAAAGCCUAACGGAUUGUACGAUAAGAUCACCUGUUUGGAGAUGGCAGAACAUGUGGGAAUCAGAAGAUUGACCACUUUCUUCGAGCAAGUACAUGAUUCUUUGGAAGACGAUGGAUUGUUCUUUUUGCAAUAUGCGGGAUUGAGAAAAAGUUGGCAAUACGAAGAUUUGAUCUGGGGUUUGUUCAUGAACAAGUACAUUUUCCCUGGAGCCGAUGCAUCUACUCCAUUGACAUUUGUGGUUUCUUGUUUGGAAAGUGCUGGAUUUGAAGUUGUCUCCGUUGACAAUAUUGGAGUUCAUUACUCGGCUACUUUGUGGAGAUGGUACAGAAACUGGAUGGGAAACAAGGACAAGGUUGUUGACAAGUAUGGUAUUAAAUGGUUUAGAAUCUGGGAGUACUUCUUGGCUUCUGCUACUCAAAUUUCCAGACAAGGUUCAGCUACAUGCUACCAAUUUGUGUUGAGAAAGAAUUUGAACAGCUACCACAGAAUCAACUACGUUCCUACACAAAAGGGGUUGCAAGGACCAAUUGCGCAGGGCACCAAGUGGGUGAAGUAG